AUGGAACUCAAUGACAGAGAGACCAGCACCAAUGAUGGUACUACUGUACUCCCGAGCGAAUUCCCUGACUUUAGGGACCUGCUAGACCAGCCCGGCUUUUCUGACCUUGGCUUCUCCUCCUUUCAGAGCCCGUUCAGUGAUGAAAUCAAUCCUCAAUUAUUACACCCUGUCUCGGGCAUAGGAGAUAGCCUGGGACCUGGAGACAGCCCAGAAGUCAACUCAAUUUCUCCGUUUGGGCCCACCGAAACUCUCGCUCCCAUCACAUCAAACGCAUGGGCUGAAGCAAGCACUAUAUCAAACCAACCGCCCAAGACUGGAAAGCGACUCUCUCUCAACUCAGUCCGCAUUCUCAACAAAUGGCUCUCGAAUCAUACACAUCACCCGUACCCCAGCGUCCGAGAUGUCGAAGCGAUAGAGAGGCAGACAGGAUUGACUCGACAGCAAAUCUUGAACUGGUUCGCCAAUGCUCGCCGUAGGAAGAAGUUCAAUCCACCAGAAACAACGGAUCCAAGUUCGGCAGAGGCUAGCCCCCGGGACAUACCCCUGCGUCGACCACCCACGCCAACCGUCCAACAAAGUCCACUCGAGCGAUGGGAGAACUCACCGCCUGAAGACGAGCCAUCCACCAUGGCUGCUAUUGCAAGGGCAGUAUCCGGCGCAAGUGGUUCCAUCGACCAACCCCACGGUACGCGAACGAGACACGGCAGGGCACCAUCGUCGACUGGUACCUGGGCGACAACCGACACCUCUGAUUCAAGUCGAAGCUCGCAAGUCUCGGGCUACUCACAUACAUCCAAUCGGUCACUCAAUAGAGUCAUCAAAAAGCGUCGGCGAGGAGGUCUACGGACCAGAAAUGAUGAAAAGAGAGGUCUCUCUGUUGCUUGUCAUCGCUUUCAGUGUACAUUUUGCACUGAGACGUUCAAGUUGAAACAUACAUGGUCCAGACAUGAGAAGACACAGCAUCUCUCUCUUGAGCAAUGGGAGUGUUCCCCUCUUGGCCCAACGGCUCUCAACGAGGGAUCCGAAACUGUUUGUGUUUAUUGCGGUUUUGUAGAUCCGGAUAAUAGGCACUUCGAGGAACAUAACCAUGACUUAUGCCAUAAACGCGAAAGGGGAGAGCGGGUAUUCUACAGAAAGGAUCAUCUACGGCAACACCUUCGUCUCGUCCACGGAUCAGAGUUUAUGAAGUGGCCAAUGGAGGAAUGGAAGUCUAAGCAUGAGGAUGUCAUAUCACGUUGCGGUUUCUGUGAUAUUGCUAUGACGACAUGGUCGGAGCGGGUGAACCAUCUUGCAGAGCACUUUAAGGAGGGCAGGACCAUGGCAGAUUGGAAAGGGAACUGGGGAUUUGAUGCUGCAACGCUCGAUAUGGUGGAGAAUCACAUGCCUCCCUAUCUAAUAGAUUACGAGCGCAAUUCACCCCUCCCAUUCUCUACGCAGCAGGGUGCGCCAUACAGUUCAACAAGCGCCUUUGAACUACUGCAGCUGGAGCUAGACUAUUUCUACGCCAACUACACCGAUAUCAACCACAGCAUCCCCUCCGAUGAGACUCUUCAUUUCGAAGCCUGCUGCAUCAUUUUCGGAGCGGAAAUGAAUUAUCAACACCCCUCAACAGCAACAUCCUGGCUUCGCGAUCUUAUAAUGGGCACACAAGAUAUCGUCAACAAAGCACGAAUGACGCCUAUGAAGAGUGCAGCUAGGUCUCGAUUCUCAGAAUUGAAGAUUCAUAGCAAGAAAGAUAUCUUUGAGGACUGUAAGCUUGAGACGUCGCUAAGGCAGUAUGUUGACAUGCUGCAGUUGUUGAACCUGGAGAUUGGAGAUGUCGAAUUGCAGAAGGAGGCUUGUUCGAUCAUCAACCAUAUGCCUGAUGCUUCGCCCAUGUUUACCCAGUUGUUGAUUGGUUUGGUCUAUGGGUCAACAAGCUGGUUGGCUUCGUUUCGAGAGAGGGUAGGACUACCGCCGUCUGAAGUUGUUUCAUCAAACACGCAAGAAGGCCUCGUCCCUCCUCUACUUUCCUCUGGCGGUCUCCCUGCCAUAUCCAGUAAUGAUCAUGAGCAUUGGAGACCACCGAGCGGUUCCAACUCGCCACCUAUAUCUCUGGGACAGAAGAUCGUUUCGCUGAACGAUGGCAACAUGUACAGAGGUCUGACCAGAGACUUGACCCGCUACGUCGCGAGAACCAUUUCACCUCUGAAUCCAACAAGCCACAUCCCAACUGACGAAGAACUCCAAUAUCAAGCACGAUGGAUCAUGUACGACAGCCACGACGUAUGGAAUCAGACUCCAGCCGAUAAUCUAGACUGGCUCACCGAGUUCAAGAGAGACUCUGGCUUCUUCUAG